GUUUAUUAGUAGUUUAUAGAAGAAGAUUGAAACAGAGUCCGCCAUGGAAGAAAUCGAAUCAAAAAGUUCAUCGCUAUUUCCCGUUUUCCCCCAAUCUCAGAUAUGUGCACCGCCCAAUCCCUCCACCUCACACGACGCCGUUCCUGAAUGGCUUCGCAAUUCCAGCUUCACAACCGACAUCUCCGUUAUAAACAACACCGUUUCAACGAACUACGGUAAUAUCCAGUUCCCCGAGAAUCUAGAAGACGAAGAAGGAGAAGACAUAGAAAAGGAAGAGGGAGCACGGUAUGAGUUGCUGGACUCGUCCGCGUCGGAGCGGGGCCACUCGUCUACUUCUGAUGAUGAUGAGAGAAAGAGUAAGAAGAAGAAAAAGAGGAGAAAGAAAAGGCAGCGAUUGAGUGAUGAGGGCCCACAUUAUGACUAUGCACUUUCUUCUUCUAGAAAACGUGAUGUUCGAACUUGGGCUUCUUCUUCAGCUACUGCUAAUGAUAAAGACUAUUACUUUGACUCUCGUGGCGAUCGAGACAAUUUAGCUUUUGGUACUCUCUACAGAAUGGAUGUUGCUCGUUACAAGCUUCAUAAUUCGAGGAAAAACUCUGAGCUCAAUUACUAUAGGCUGAAUGAUAAGAGAACUUUUGAAAGAGAAAGUGAUAUUGAUGCGCUGGACAAUAAACUAAGGUCUGGAGGUCGCUAUUGGUCUGCAACAUACGCUGCAAUUGAGCACCAUAAGAACUUGAAACGUCUAAGAUUUUUGGCUCCUCUCAAGCCCAUGAUGAGCAUGCCAGCUGAUUUCAUUUCAUUGCCAGAUGAAGUUAAGUCAGAUGAAGGAAUCAGAGGAGAUACUGUUUCAGGUAAUGCAGUGGUUGAGGAAUCUUGGGAGGAUGAGGUCUUUCGCAAAACAAAGGAGUUCAACAAAAUGACAAGGGAACGACCACAUGACGCGCAAAUUUGGUUGGCUUUUGCGCAGUUCCAAGAUAAGGUAGCAAGUAUGCAACCACAGAAAGGUGCCCGUUUGCAAACACUUGAAAAGAAGAUCAGUAUUCUGGAGAAGGCUACUGAGCUGAACCCUGACAGCGAAGACCUGCUUCUCUCUCUUAUGAAUGCUUAUCAGAGCAGAGAUAGCAUUGAUGACCUGAUUAGUCGAUGGGAGAAGAUACUUCUCCAGAACUCAGGUAGUUACACAUUGUGGAGAGAAUUUUUGCGGGUUGUUCAGGGCGACUUUUCAAGGUUUAAGGUUUCUGAAAUGAGAAAAAUGUAUGCAAAUGCAAUCCAAGCUUUAUCUGGUGCAUGGUCCAAGCAACAUAGGCAGGUUUCUGGAAGUGCUAAUUCGCCUUCUAUGGAUCCCGCUAUUGUAAGACUUGAACAUGGUCUGGUUGAUAUAUUUCUCAGUCUAUGUCGGUUUGAGUGGCAGGCUGGGUACAGAGAGUUGGCUACUGCCAUGUUCCAGGCGGAGAUUGAAUACAGCUUGUUCUGCCCUUCUUUACUUCUUAGUGAGCAAAGUAAGCAAAGACUAUUUGAGCAUUUUUGGAACAGUAAUGGUGCUAGGGCUGGGGAAGAUGGUGCACUCGGCUGGUCAAAGUGGCUGGAGAAAGAGGAAGAGCUGAGGCAAACUAUGAGGGAGGAGCCUUCACAUGAUUCUGAAAAAGGUGGUUGGACUGGUUGGUCAGAACCGUUAUCUAAAAGUAAAGAAAAUAAUGACGCUAUAGAAAAUAUAACAGAGACAGAUGGUGCUCUUGACGAAUUAGCUGAAACAAAAGAUGAUGAGCAGACAGAUGAUACUGAAGCUUUGCUGAAAAUGCUUGGGAUUGAUGCUGCUACUGAAGCUAAUGGUGAGAUUAAAGACACACGAACUUGGACUAGGUGGUCAGAAGAAGAGGUAGCAAGAGACUCAAGCGAGUGGAUGCCAGUCCAUGCUAAAACUGGGAGUUCUCAUAGCGAGGAUCCUGCUGCUGCUCCAGAUGAGGAACAGCUUUUGAGAGUAAUAGCAUAUGAAGACGUGAGUGACUACCUGUUCUCGAUAAGUUCUGAAGAAGCACGUUUUUCCAUGGUAUCGCAGUUCAUUGAUUUUUAUGGCGGGAGGAUGGCUCAAUGGACUUGUACAAACAGUUCAAGUUGGGCUGAAAAAAGCCUUAGUUUGGAGGCAAUGCCAGACUCUCUCUUUGAUGAACUAAGAAGAGUGCACGAUGUUUUAACCAAAAAAGGAAGGAACCAAAUUGAUACAAGUUUGGAGCAAGUUUUUAGUAGCUCCGAUGAUAUCUCUAUGAGGACUAGCAUGAUGGAAUUUGUUCGAAAUGCUACAUUGCUUUGUUGCACUGUAUUUCCCCAAAAUCACAUUUUGGAAGAAGCUGUUCUUAUUGCGGAGGAGCUAUCAAAUACAGCGAUGAAUACUUCUAGUUGUUCAGUAACACCAUGUCGAACUUUAGCAAAAAGCCUUUUGAAGAGUAACCGUCAGGAUGUAUUGCUUUGUGGAGUUUAUGCACGAAGAGAAGCAGUAUUUGGAAAUACUGACCAUGCUAGAAAGAUUUUCGACAUGGCAUUGUCUUCAAUGGAUGGAAUUCCACAGGAUUUUCAGACGAAUGCAUCUCUCCUAUAUCUCUGGUACGCUGAAGUGGAGCUCGGAAACGGUACUCGUGGAGGCUCUGUAUCAGCGGAAUCAUCUUUACGUGCUAUGCAUAUUUUAUCUUGCUUGGGAAGCGGUAUGAAAUACAGUCCAUAUAAAUGUAAACCAUCAAGCCUGCAACAGCUGAAAGCACGCCAAGGAUUCAAAGAACAAGUGAAUAUGCUAUGUUCAUCAUGGACACGCGGUUUAAUUGAUGAUCAAUCAGUUACUCUCAUAUGUUCAGCUGCUUUAUUUGAAGAGAUAACAAUUGGAUGGACUGAAGGUGUUCAAAUUUUGGAGCAAGCAUUCACGAUGGUGCUUCCUGAAAGGAGGCGGAACAGUAGUCAUCUGGAGCAUUUGUUCAACUUUUACAUGAGGAUGCUUUGCAGACAUCAUCAAGAAAUGAAGCUGUCAAAAUUUUGGGAAUCUAUGGUGAAAGGACUGAAUAUAUAUCCAUGCAGUCCAAAUGUUUACAAUGCUUUAGUUGAAAUUGGCCAUCUCUAUGUGUCACCCAAUAAGCUGCGGUGGAUCUUUGACGAAAAUUUCCAAAAGAAACCAUCGCUUGUUGCUUGGCUCUUUGCAUUAUCAUUCGACAUGAGCAAAGGUGGUACAGAGCAUAGAAUACGCAGACUUUUUGAGAGAGCAUUGGAGAAUGAGAAGCUACGUAACUCAGUUUUAAUCUGGCGCUCGUAUAUUGCCUAUGAAAGUGAUAUAGCAUGCAACCCUUCUGCAGCUAGAAGAGCUUUUUUUCGGGCCAUCCAUGCUUGCCCGUGGUCAAAGAGGCUCUGGCUUGAUGGUUUCAUCAAGUUAGCUUCUGUGCUUACAGCAAAAGAGUUGUCGGAUCUCCAGGAAGUAAUGCGGGAUAAAGAACUCAAUUUGAGGACUGAUAUUUAUGAAAUACUAUUGCAAGAUGAUGAUGAAUCUUAAGUCGUGAAAAUCAAGAUUUCGCCAGUUUGGGAUGGGUUACAUGCCUGUUAUAUGACGUGUCACAUUCUGUUACAUGGCUGUUGUCAGGGCUUAACUAUGAAGCACCUGCCCUUGGUUGGCUUCGUACAAGGGCGUGAGUGAUGCCUUUGCGCUUAGUAUAUGCUGUUACUGUCAUGUUGUGAGUAGAAAGAAAGAUUUUUCUUUCCAAUGAUGAUAACAGAAACUGUAGAUAUUGUAUAUGUAUUACUUGUGUGAUUAGUUGUAUGACAGCCUGGUGAUGCCUUUUCUGUAAUCAUUCAUCAUAACGUGAUUAAAUCAGCAGCUAGUAGUGAUACAUUGGUAACUUGGUAAGUGGAUGGUUGAUGUUACAGCUACCCUCUGAUGAUAUGCUUCAAUCUUCUACCAACAAUAGAAGAAUUAGCAAAAAGAAAAGAAAGUGUCUUGCGAAGGAUUACGGGAAACGCAUGUCCUUCUCUUGACCCUGAGCAUUUCUCUGGUAUACAUAUUUCUGUUAUGUUUCAUUCUGUAGCUUCCAUGGCUAUAAUUCCAGUUUGUGAAGGAAGAGAUGACUUAGUUUGCAUUGUUGAAACGCAGUUGUCUUUUCUUCCCCUUUUGAUAGUGGUCUUAACUGUUUGAAUAAACUCCCUUGUUUUUCCGCAGAGAUGACUGAUGGCUUCUAAAUGCACUACCCAAGGGCCUCUAAUGUGGUUAGUUAGGCAGAUAAUUACACCUAUGCUAUGCAGUGAGCAGCACUUCCAACGAUGGGUUAAAAAAGACUCCUAAGCCAGCUUUUGUUCCUCUAGGGAGCCGCGUCUCCUCGACGGUUUCAAGCAAAUUUUGGUUGCUGGAAACGCACUACGGCUUUUUUCUCUUCAGAUUUUUGUAAUAAGUCACAAUUGCAGCAUAUUUACAUUUAUCAUUAUUUGA